ACUUGUUUUCCUUAGGGUGUGAACUGCAGCUUGGUCCCUCAGCGAUUAUCUUUCAGUGAUCUUCCGAUCCCAGCACAAGGUAUAUAAAUUUGUGGGCGUCAGGGACCCACUAUUUCAAUGUGGAAGACUCCUGAAACUUCCAGGGGAGUUGGGAUGUCUGCCAUCAGUACUGGAAUGUUGAAGGAAAUGCUCAGGGCAAGCUCUGGAUCAGGGCACACACCUACAACAAUCGUUCAACAUCCAAGUAUGGCAUCUACAUCUACUUUAUUUAGCAGAUCCGAUGGAGACAGGCAACCGAGGAGGAGAAAGACAAGACGUUGUGGGAGACGGAGGAGGAAUGGGGACACGCCAAAAGACAAGCACCAACAGAAGAGAUCUCCACCAAGGUACCCUCCGACUCCUUUAAUGAUGGACGAUCUGCCCUUGGAACCUGACGUCAUCCUGAGUGGUGUUUACAAUCCAAUUGUGGAGGAUAUGUAUCCGCGAGGAACAGAAAGAGGAUGGAAUCGGGGACCUAAUAGUAGUUAUCACUAUCAACAUGAUGCUCAACAGGUCCCUGCACUUCUUCAUGGUCACCAUCAAAGGUCAUACAGUGGAGGUUACAAUUCAUACAACAGAGAUUAUGAAAAUCAUUAUUCAAAUUAUAAAGAGCCACGGUACCCUGAGGAUGACAGACCCUAUCAUGAGUACAGAGAAUCAAGUUACUAUAGGGACUCGCGUUAUGGCACUUCUUACUAUAAAGAGCCAUACUAUAAAGGUGGGCACAGCCAUCGUGGGCGAGCUGAUUCUGCUCAUUAUCACGGGAAAUCUUCAGAGCCACACAGAAAGAAACAUUCUAAAAAUUCUGUUACUCCCACUAAAGAUCAUGAGUGCACGGGAAGAACCACUCCAACUACCAAAUCAACUUCAGCUGGUGAAGGCGAGAGCCCUGACACUACAACAUACAGAGUGAUACAUAAUCCAGCUCGGACUGUAGUGGUUCUAACAGCAGGAGAUGACUCUGGGGAUGAAGCUGAAAAAACAGCUGUCACAGCACAGGCUGCUGCAGAUAAAAGUCCCAAAGCAAAAUGUGAUGUCAAAAGAGAAGUAAAAAAAAAUGAGAAUGAAGCUCCUGUAUCUGACACAAAACAAGAAUGCACAGCGGUCCCCAAAGAACAAGAAAAAUUGGAUAUAAAAACUGAACAGAAAACAGAAAUCAAAGAGGAAAUUCUUCCAGCUCCACUGUCUCCUAAGAAAGAGGAUGUUGCAGAGGAGAUCAAUGCUGUCAAAAGGCCGUUUACUGAAGAGUGUGAUAACAGUGCAAGCGAGAACGAGAGAGAGGGAAAAAGAGUGCGCACCGAUUGGGAGCCAGAUAGCUGUACUACUGAAAAGGCUGUCCAGAUCCCCCUAUUGGAUGGAUGGACAGAUGUAUCAACUGUGUCACCACAGACUCCCUGCAACAGUGAGCCGAAGCCUGCAAGUACGUCCCCUGUAUCAACACUUUCUGACACUGCCCGAGCCCUGCGCACAGCUUUUAUUGUGGCCAGGAAGGAAGAGAUUGAGCUGGCAUUCGCCCAGGACUGCCAGACUUAUGCUCUUGUGGCUAGCACGCUGCUGAAAAAAGAUCCAUCUAUUGAGACUGCAAUUAAAAGUGCCCUACGUUCUACCUUGCAAGAGAUUGCGAGUCAAUGUGUUCAUGAACUUCAAAACUUUAUUGACCGCUAUGACAAAGAGACUAAUGGCGCAUUGCACCUUGACAUAAUAAACAGUUUAAAUGACACAAACACGUGAGACCACACCUGUGAGAAAAACAUGUUGAUAUUGUAGAUACUCCAUUUUGAGGAGCAGCCAUUUAAUAGAAAUUUAAAAUUUUCAUUUUUUUUUAUUAUAAGUGGUGCUGGACUCCAAUUCUGGAUUUUCAUUAUUUUCUUGGAGCUUUUAUUUUUGUAUGCUUACUUAAAUCAAGUGCCUAUGAAGCCUUGACAUUUUCUGCAAUCUUUAAUUUUUCAUUGUGAGAAAUCAUUCCGGCCAUAUAAUAUCAACAAGUGAAAAAGUGAAAUAAAAACUUUUCUUUUUGUGAUUCUUAAAA